AUGGCGCCUUUCAAACUAUCGGCGCUCAUCGCCGCCCUUCCAGAACACGAAACUGGCGCUUGGGGACCUCCGUCGGGUGUCGAUUCUUCAUUAAACGAAGUACCAUACGCACCAUACUCCAAGGGUGAUAAACUAGGCCGUAUGGCCGAUUGGACCUCUGACAAUGCCAAAGAUGGUGGGAAUCAACGAGGAGGACGUGGAGGCUAUAACAGAAAUUAUAGAGAUCAGCAGGUCUAUGGUGCUGGAACCUCGUCUCUAUUUUCAUACCAGCACGCCGAGGACGAAGCUUCUUUCUCCGUUGUUGAUAACCAGCGUACCUCCAGCAAGCCAAGAGGUUCUUUCGGCCGUGGCGGUGGUACAAUCUUCAGAGGCCGUGGCGGUCGCGGUGCGGCUGGCCAGACGAGCGGUCGUGGUGGAGCGCAACAACAGGCCACAGGGCGUGGAGGUUAUGGUGCCCGUGGAGGUCGUGGGGGUCGUGAUGAAGGCCGCUUUGAUGCCCGGGGAGGUCGUGGGGGUAGAGGGAGGCGAUUUGGCUGGAAGGAUUACGACAAGCCGCAGCGUAACCGCGAUGCUUCGGUCAAUAUCAAGCCAGAUUGGAAAAUGCUCGAGGAAAUUGAUUUCAACCGUUUGGCGAAGUUGAACUUGGAAACUGAUGAAGGAGAAGAUGUGGAUAGCUACGGAUUCCUUUACUACUACGACCGCCAGUAUGAUAAACCUGCCGGCACCAAGGCCGCAGAGAAGAAGCUCAUCGUUCAGGAUCGCGUUUUCUUCAACCCCACCACCAGCGAGGACCCUGUGAUCCAGCAACUUGCCGAGAAGGACGAAGCCACUAUCUUCGCCACCGACUCAGUUCUGUCUAUGCUUAUGUGUGCUCCCAGAUCCAUCUACCCAUGGGAUAUUGUCAUCAUCCGUGAAGGAAACAAGCUUUAUAUCGACAAAAGGGAGGGCUCCCAGCUCGACUUCGUCUCUGUCAAUGAGAACGCCGCUGACCCACCACUUGAGGUAGCGGAGGGUAACAAGGACUCGAUUAACUCUCCUCAGGCCCUCUCUAUGGAAGCCACCUUCAUCAACCAGAAUUUCGCUAUUCAGACCGUCAACGAGGAAUCGAAAUUCGAGUUUGACAACGAGAACCCAUUCUAUAGCCCUGAGGAAGAGAGCGAGCCACUGGGCUCAAAGGCAUACAAGUACCGCCGUUUUGACUUGUCAUUGAACGACGAGGAGCCAGUAUUCCUUAUCGUCAGGACCGAGCUUGACGCAGUCAUGAAGUCACCCAACGGCGAGGACCUCUUCCUUACCGUCAAGGCUCUCAACGAGUUUGAUGACCGUGCACAAGGCAGUGGUGGUGCGUUGAACUGGCGCACUAAGCUCAGCUCUCAGAGAGGUGCUGUUGUGGCCACCGAAAUGAAGAACAACUCCUGCAAGCUCGCAAGAUGGACCGCACAGAGUAUUCUUGCCAAGGCCGAUCUAAUGAAGCUUGGAUUCGUAUCACGUGCCAACCCUAAGGACUCGAACAAGCACGUCAUCCUUGGAGUCGUUGGAUACAAGCCUCGUGAAUUCGCGAACCAAAUGAACUUGAACUUGUCCAACGGAUGGGGUAUUGUGCGUACGAUUGUGGAUAUGUGCUUGCACAUGCCAGAGGGCAAGUACGUGCUUGUGAAGGACCCGAACAAGCCGGUGUUGAGGCUGUACGAGGUCCCAUUGAAUACCUUCGACGAGGAACCCGAGCAGGAGGCAAUCAGAGAGGAAGAGGAGGAAUAA